GUUAGGGAAAGGUAGUUUUAAAGGAAUAUUCUUGCGUUAAAUUCUAUUCGAGAGAGAGAUUAAUACAAUUCAUCUUAAACACUGGUCAGGAUGUGUAAAGUAAUCUCAAGUACAAUUUUGGUGCUGUUCAAUAUUCCACUUGUGCUCAUAGGCCUAGGACUGGUGGUCUUCGGUGCUUUAAUAAGAUGGAAUGAAAAAAUUUUGGUUGAACGAAUUACUCCUGCACUUAUUGAAGAAAUCGAUGAUGAAAAUGCACGUGAAGCUGCUCAACAGCUGUUAGAGGAAAAAAUCACCCUAUUCGCUUCCUAUGGUUUGGCAAUCUUUUUGUUUGGACUCUUUAUCUGUCUGUUAUCUUUGUGUGGAAUAUGCGGUGUAUGCUGUAAAAACAAAAUCCUACUUGGUCUGUAUGCAACUUUUCUUCUGAUCAUAUUUUUGGCUCUACUUGUAUUCACCAUUGUGUUUGGAACACGUAAAAACUGGUUCCGCGAUGAGUUGGGGAUAACUUAUAGAAGAUCCAUCAUUACCGAUUAUUAUAUGGAUAACAAUUCCCCGCCAAAUACUGGUUUUACUGUAUUUGUUAAUGAAAUUCAACAGAAGCACAAAUGUUGCGGUUCCUUUGAUUAUCGUGACUUUCAAGAUAAUGAAUCAUUCAAGAGACAAAACUAUAAAAUUCCAGCCUCAUGUUGUAAAGAAAUGAAUAACAAAGAGUGCUGGGAACGCCCAACAUCACAGAACAGUUACCGAGACAAUGGUUGUUCUGAAUUCAUAUGGUCGGCAGCACAACCAAGCUAUCAGGUCAUUCUAUACUCACUCAUCGGUCUGCUAAUAACAACGGGAGAAAAUUCAACUACUGUAAGCACGUGUCAGCUACACUGUCUGAUUUCUGCUUAUCCACUUAUCUGCUCAGUUCAGCUUCAGUACGUAUAUCUUAUGCAUGUAGUAAACAGAGUUCGAAAUAUCCAGUGGACGCUGAACUCAUCAAAAACAUUAUUACCUGAUAAUUAUUAUUACUACUGUGUCGAUGAGCAAUGUAAUCAAUAAUUUUUUUUCUGUAUGACUGCAUGUAAGCUAAUCAGUGAAGAUUUAAAAUGACUGCAAAAUAUUUUACUUACAAUAAGCAGGUCAAAAUAAAGUUUCAAAAUUUACUAUUUCAUUCAAUGUUAUUCUGUCAGUAGUUUUCCCCUUCAUAAACGCUAUCCUGUCAUCUACUUUGUAAACGGAUCACGGAAGAAUGGCAAAAUAGAAAGAGUGUUGACAAAAAAAGCAAGGUGAAGUAGAAAAUACCAGCUAAUGCACAUUAUUGGCCUUAUUCAUACGUGGGUAGUUAGUGCAAAUCAGCUGAAAAAUCCACUUAAACUGUUUUCUUACCCUCCCGUAUAUCAUCUCAUCUCAUCUACACCUGUACUACCACGUCAGACUAUGCAUGUAUCACAGCAUUAACAUGAAGUAACUUUAUGAUGAAUAAGCACCAUGGAAAAUAUAUCAAUGCCUUUUCGACAAUUGUACACCUUUGCUAAACUAAAAGUGAAAGUGAAGUAAUCCAGGUGAAUGAAUGAUGUAAUUGUCUGUUCUUCUGUCUGUUGUGUUUUGUUUACGCGUGGACUGUUUUUGCUUAUCUGCUUUCAAGUUUAUCACCAGUUCAGUACUUUUCAUGCAUACCAUCCCAUAUUGUAUUCGCUUUCAAAAACUUUAUUGUGGUUUUUUUCCGUAAUUUGUGCCUGAUGAAAAUCAUUAAAGUUCAACAAGUCCCCUAAUUAAUAAUUAUCAUUUCAACCUUUCAAUAACAGUGAUUAAUAGUC